AUGAAUACCUCGGCCCCACCUGCCGUCAGCCCCAACAUCACCGUCCUGGCGCCAGGAAAGGGUCCCUGGCAAGUAGCCUUCAUUGGGAUCACCACAGGCCUCCUGUCACUGGCCACGGUGACAGGCAACUUGCUGGUACUCAUCUCCUUCAAGGUCAACACAGAGCUCAAGACAGUCAACAACUACUUCUUGCUCAGCCUGGCCUGCGCUGACCUCAUUAUUGGCACCUUCUCCAUGAACCUCUAUACCACGUACCUGCUCAUGGGCCACUGGGCCCUGGGCACGCUGGCCUGUGACCUCUGGCUGGCCCUGGACUACGUGGCCAGCAACGCCUCCGUCAUGAACCUGCUGCUCAUCAGCUUUGACCGCUACUUCUCCGUGACCCGACCCCUGAGCUACCGUGCCAAGCGCACGCCCCGCCGGGCGGCCCUGAUGAUCGGCCUGGCCUGGAUGGUUUCCUUCGUCCUCUGGGCCCCUGCCAUCCUCUUCUGGCAGUACCUGGUGGGGGAGCGGACAGUGCUGGCCGGGCAGUGCUACAUCCAGUUCCUCUCCCAGCCCAUCAUCACCUUCGGCACGGCCAUGGCCGCCUUCUACCUCCCCGUCACGGUCAUGUGCAUACUCUACUGGCGCAUCUACCGGGAGACUGAGAACCGGGCCCGGGAGCUGGCGGCUCUGCAGGGCUCCGAGACGGCAGGUAAGGGGGGCGGCAGCAGCAGCAGCUCGGAACGGUCCCAGCCAGGGGCUGAGGGCUCAGCGGACACCCCUCCCGGGCGCUGCUGUCGCUGCUGCCGGGCCCCCCGGUUGCUGCAGGCCUACAGCUGGAAGGAGGAGGAGGAGGAGGAUGAAGGCUCCAUGGAGUCCCUCACGUCCUCUGAGGGCGAGGAGCCCGGCUCCGAGGUGGUGAUCAAGAUGCCCAUGGUGGACCCGGAGGCGCAGGCCCCCGCCAAGCAGCCCCCGCGGAGCUCCCCGAACACCGUCAAGAGGCCGACUCGGAAGGGGCGUGAGAGAACGGGCAAGAGCCAGAAGCCCCGCGGGAAGGAGCAGCUGGCCAAGCGGAAGACCUUCUCGCUGGUCAAGGAGAAGAAGGCAGCUCGGACCCUGAGCGCCAUCCUGCUGGCCUUCAUCCUCACCUGGACACCAUACAACAUCAUGGUGCUGGUGUCCACUUUCUGCAAGGACUGCGUCCCCGAGACCCUGUGGGAGCUGGGCUACUGGCUCUGCUACGUCAACAGCACGGUCAACCCCAUGUGCUACGCCCUCUGCAACAAGGCCUUCCGGGACACCUUCCGCCUGCUGCUGCUCUGCCGCUGGGACAAGCGGCGCUGGCGCAAGAUCCCCAAGCGCCCCGGCUCCGUGCACCGCACCCCCUCCCGCCAGUGCUGA